AUGAACUACCUUGCUCCUGCAGAGAUUACAUAUAAGAAUAUGAGAUUUCUUAUUGUGCACAGUCCAACCAAAACCUCCUUAAACAAAUUCUUACAGGAACUUAAGAAGAACGAAGUUAUCACCAUAGUAGGCGUGUGUGAAGCAACUUACAACACUACCAUUUUGGAGAAAGAAGGUAUCCAGAUUCUGGACUGGCUUUUUGGUGAUGGUGGAUCACCAACCAGCCAGAUUGUUGAUAAGUGGCUAAAAUUUGUACAACAGAAAUUCCGUGAGGCUCCUGGUUCUUGUAUUGCAGUUCACUGUGCCACAGGUCUUGGGAGAGCUCCAGUGCUGGUUGCUCUAGCAUUAAUGGAAGGUGGAAUGAAACAUGAAGAUGCAAUACUAUUCAUAAGACAAAAGUGUCGUGGGCUUUUAACAGCAAGCAACUUUUGUAUUUGGAGAAGUAUAGUCCUAUAA